AUGACGUGGCUCGCUGCACUCACGAUGUCCGGUGCCUUCGACGACCUUAUCGUCAAGGCGGUUUAUCUGGGUUUCUUGUACCUCGUCAUCAAGUACACGUAUCGGAUGUUCUUAUCUCCUAUUGCCAGUUUCCCCGGGCCGAGGAUUGCUGGCAUUACCAAACUCUACGAAGCUUAUCACGUUCUGCUAAAGAACGACUGGCUGGAGAAUCUUGUCUCGCUCCACGAAAGAUAUGGGCCAGUUGUUAGGAUUGGGCCCAACGAAUUGCACUUUGUCGACAACAAGUUCAACCUCGACCACCAUCGGCGACCCGACCUCUUCAAGUGUAAUAAUUACUACGGUCUUCUCAACAAACUUCUUGGCGGACUGGCUAGCCCUGCGAAACAUGCGCAGAGGGCGGCAGUCAUGCGGCCAAUCUUCUCUGGCCAGACUUUGGCCGAAUACUCCAAGACUUUGGAUAAGCACAUAGAAUCACUUCACUCGCGCCUUGCAGAUGCUGCUUCGGACAAGGGGGUUAUCAACUUGACACAUUACCUAUGGGCUUACACCAACGACGUUAUGAUCUCGUAUCUCACCGAGGAAAACUAUGGGUUUCAGAAGGUCUAUGAUUUGCAAGCCACUCACGAUGCGACACGAGCCUUCAGCGCCAUCGACCUCGCCACCGUACUGAGGUUUGAUUAG